CAAGUUAUAUUGAAGUACACGAAAAAGUGUUAAUAAUGCUGCCAAAUGCAGAAUGCUAAUGCCAUUGUUCUUUAUGGACUCUGCUAGUAAUAAGAAACAACAGGGUCAGUGUUCUUGAUGGAACCUACGAGGUUUGGCAUACUUUUGAGUUCUCAGUCAAGGAACAGCGAGUGUACAUAACGGCCGGCCCCUAAGGACCAGCUGCAAACAACGAACUCACUCCAUUUCAUCUUUUUCUAUUUAUUAUUGACCGCGGCCACACAUACAGAUAAGUUAUUCCCCCUCUUUUUUUAUAAGAAGGAAAAUAAACAGCUCGUUUUCUUUUCUUUUUUGAACGGAAAACGGCACGAGAUAGUACCUUUUCAUUGAAUGGAGUAGGAGAAACAGCUUGCUUUAUAGUAUUAACAGGUAAUAAAACCGAAACGGUGGAUCAAAGAACAUAUAUUACAGGAAGGAUUUACAUCAUCACAUAAAUGGAAGAGGGUAAAAUAAACGGAGCAAAACAAGGAACUUUCGAUCUCGAUCGGCGAUUAUUCCUCCCUUUUCUACGAGGUGGGCCAUCACAUCGAUCACCCAAAAAACCUCCACCAAUAUAAAUACUGGUUUCCCCCAUCCGAACACACCGAGCAAUGAUCAUAUUGUAAUCCUUCCCGUCGCCGAGAGAUUCCCACACAGGCUAAAACUAUCUAUCAGGCCUGCAAAUGCAAUAGGGCUGAGAAGUGAGGAAGCUAGGCAACCUCAACCUUAUUCUAACAGCAUCCAAUCCCAGGCUAACACCUUGAGCCACGCGAGCUCGGCCUGUGCCUGGCUGGUCCUUGCACCGAAUUAAUCGUCGCGUGCGUCUUUGCCGGCCUCGCACAUCAUCUCUCUCUUUUCUUGCACAUAACAAUUUCUGCAGGUUAACCUCGUGUGCAUGCGUGUUUUGAUUUCUCGCGGUUUUCGAUAGCUUUGGUGGUGUCGAUAUCAUCGCCUUCCUUGGCCCUUGUCCUUUUGUCGCCGUCGACGAGGACGUGCAUACUUUCUCCAUGGAGAAAGGCGGGGGAUCGCAGAAGGGUGGUGGCGGCGGCGGCGGCGAGGCGAGGAGGAUCAACGUGGUGUAUUUCUUGAGCCGCGGCGGCAGGACGGACCACCCGCACCUCUUCCGCGUCAACCACCACCGCGCCGGCGUGCGCCUCCGCGAUGUUAAGAGGUGGCUGUCGGAGCUGCGCGGCCAGGACAUGGCGGACAAUUUCUCCUGGUCCUACAAAAGGAAGUACAAGGCUGGGUAUAUAUGGCAGGACCUGAUGAUGGACGACGACCUCAUCACCCCCAUCUCCGACAACGAGUACGUGCUCAAGGGCUGCGACGUCCGGCGAGCCACCGAAUCGCCAAAGGAGAAGUCGUCUUCUUUAGCUGAAGAGCCAAAGAAACUGGACAGUCAGGAAGUGAAGGUCGCGUGCGAUCAGAAGCAAGUCGAGGAGGUGACGACGACGACGGCGCCAGAUUCCGACGAGAGAUCGCCGAAGACGCUGCCGCCGGUCGACGAGGACUCGCCCGGCGAGCCGGCGAGCCGUAGUACGGCGCCGUUGAAGAAAGACCUGCCACGAGGCCUUCGCGAGGAGCGGAAGAAGCAGCAGCGAGAGGUGGUGAAAGUGGUCUCCAAGGCGGUGGUGGUGCCGGCGCCGGCGCCGGAGCAGAAGGUGAAAGGAGCGGCGAGCGGCAGGAUCAGCAGCCACACGCCGCCGGCGGUGGGCAGCGCGCGGAGGAUGCACCUGGCGCAGCUGCUCCACAACCUCCUGACGUGCGGCGCGGCCGACGCCGACGACACCGCGCUCCGCCCCGUCCUGCGGCACGGCGCCGACGACGACGGCGGCGACUGGCCUCCUACGCCGGUGUGCCCCGGCAUCGACGGCUGCGGCCUCCGGGUGGGCAAGAAGGUGAAGGUGCGAAGAGGCAGGAAAGACAAGGCGAAGCCGAAGCGAGACGGCGGCGAUUCGCACAAGCCGGCGAGUUUGCCGCGUUGCUCGCAGUGCGGGAAGGAGUUCAAGCCGCAGGAGCUGCACUCGCACAUGCAGUCGUGCAGGGUCUUCAGGGAGAAGAUGAGGAGCAGCACCAGCUCCCGGGUCAGCGUCGACAGGGGCCGGACCUCCGCCGCCGCGAGGCCCGAACACCGGAGGACGAGAAGCAAGGGCGCCGCCGCCGCCGCCGCCGCCCCCGGCGACACCUCGGACCGACCGUCCGCCGUGCUCCUCCUCAGGGACUCAUGAUCUGAUGAUCAUUUCGAUCGACCUUGGAGUUCGUUUGUGAAUUUUGCAGCACACGCUUAUAUGGCGUGCAUAAUAUUUAACAGCUUAUCUAGGAUACUGUACAUUGAUCUCCUUUGGGUCAAAACUUAUAGAUCAUGCCAUGAUACUGCUCCUAAUUGAAUCCUAGCUACGCCAAAUGGUUUUUUUUCAGGAA